UGUUAUAAUUUUCUCAUUAAAUAGUUUGAUAAUAAAAUGUGUUCUGCCUGGGACCAAUUGUAAUUAGAAAAUAUGAAUUUGUUUUCUACAUUUUUCCUCUAUUUAUAUAUAGCAGGUUUCUACUGUUUUGAAUGUUUACCGGGCAACCUAGCUGUUUAUACUCUCAAGAUUCAAACAUUUUGGGACGAAAGUACGUUUCCAAAACAGUUCCCACUGUGGAGACCCCCAGCACAGUGGUCCAAAACCUUGGGAUUUGUUCAUGGCGAGGGCCCGGACCUUUUUACUCUGGGUGCUGGAGUGAGUGCCGGGGUCAAACAAUUCGUAGAGACCGGAGAUAGCGAGAUUCUGGAACAGGAAAUAGGAAACAGUAGUUCAACUAUUCUAGAUACCAUUCUUGUACCACAAAUAACACAGGGAGUAGGAGAAUCUUUAGCAACUGUAUUUGUGGACGGUUCUCAUAGUCAGAUAAGUAUUGUGACCAAGAUAGUUCCCUCCCCGGACUGGUUUAUUGGCCUGGAUAGCCUACAACUCUGUGAAGAUGGAAAAUUUAAAGAAAAUAUUUCAAUUCAGGCUGAAUUGUAUGAUGCUGGUACAGAUAAUGGGUUUACCUUCACUUCACCCAACUGGCCAACUGAACCUCAAGGGGUUGUUUUCAAGAUAACAUCUACAUAUCCUACCCAUCCUGCUGGUAGUUUCCAUUAUCCUCAUCUAGAACAUCUUCCAACUCUAGCCGUUUACUCUCUAACUAAGGAGCGUGAUUAUGAACUAGUUGGGCAGCAUAAAGCUGGAGUACAAGAUUUUAUUUAUGCUCAGAAAACCAACAAAAAGGAGAAGUAUGAGUAUAGUUUACCAAAUCAUCUUGGAACAAAAUCAUUGGAAAUAAUAGAUUUUAUUCCGAUUGAUGAGACCAGGGUUGAACCGAAAUAUGAUGUCGAAACUAAUCAGAUCAGCCAAACCACAGUUUCAGGAGGAUUAGAUAAACGUAAUCUUGGGAUUAGAGGAUCUAUAUCAGGAUACCUGGCAUCAAGUGCACCUGAGGAUUUCUUGAAGAAGAAAUAUAAAAGUGAGUUUCUAAGUGCUGCAGAAGAUCUUGUUUUUCACUCGGAGAAGGAUUUAGAGAAGAAGAGAAGCGAGAAAGCUGAAAAGAAAAAGAAAAAGGAGAUGAUGGAUAAAAUCCUAGGAUCUUACCAGGCCCAGGCACAAUCUAGGAUAGGUCAGAAGAAGAAAAGGUUCAGGAAACGAAAGCAGCAUAGAUCUCAAAAGAAGACCCGGAGUUGUGAGGUAUCCACUUGGAUAGGAUGGAGUGCUUGUAGUAAAUCCUGUGGUAUCGGAGAAGCAGUUCGAACCAGAACCAUACUUAAACAUCCUAGGCAUGGAGGCACUCCUUGUCCUAAACUCAGGGAUUAUAAAUGGUGCGGCAGUGCCAGGAACUGUAACAGUCGGUACUUUGAUUGGUAAUCUUGGAAAACAUUCCGCCAUCCGCCAUCCACCAUCCGCCUCCAGAUUUUCAAACUAACUAAUUCGUGAACACCAACAUCUAUACACUAGCAGUGACAAUCAUCUUCGGAUAAACACCCCAAGGAAGG